GUUUAGACGCGGUGCGGAAGUCAGAACAGAAACACAUGGGGUACUAGACCAGACAGCUGCAGACUGUAGAGGCUAAUAAAGAUGUUUUAAUGCAGAUUUGAAACACAUUUAUGUUGCGUUUGAGGCUUUUUUGCACCAUCUCUCCAUGUGUCUUCAAUGAAAGUUAUUAAUCAUUAAGAGAUGGAGACAGCAGCUCUUGUAGCUCCAGUCACAGCCCUGGAGUUCCUUCAGGAUGCUUUUCUACUGACAGGUGAGGGUCCAGUCCUGACGGUGUACAGUCUCCAACCUCGCCCUAAAGCCUCUACCUCACUGAGUGUGCUCCAACAGCACAGAAUCCACGGGAUAAGGCCAAGAAGUCUGACGGCUGUCCCAGCACAGAGCUCUGCCACAGGAACAUAUGGGGGGAAGAAAGAUGAGCUGAGCUCCACCUCGAAGCCCAAGUUCUAUGACCUAGCAGUGUUCGGAGGGAAGGCUGUGAGGCUGCUGAGGCUCCAUGUGGAUCUUCAGGAUGAGGAGCAUCUGCGCUUGGAGAUUCUGGGUCCCCUCAUGGAGCUACAGGACUGGGCCCUGGAUCUCCGCUGGCUCUCUGGAGACAAACAAUCACUGCUCUGUGUGGCUGUAGCCCACAAUAGUGCUCUACUUCUGGACAUCACUACGGGAAAUGCCCUGGUUCAGCGCUCCUGUCUGGAGGGGUGUCUGCUGUACUCUGCCCUCCUUCUGGUGCAUGAAUCCUGGGCAGAUACUAUCUUAGUAGGAGGGACUGUUUUCAACCAGCUGGUUCUCUGGAAGCCUGGAGGAGGAGGAGACAAAAGUAGUGAUUCUGAGCACAAAGCUCCAGUUGAGAGACGUCUGCUGGGCCACAGCGGGGUCAUCUUCAGCAUCUUUUACCUCCAGGAGAACGGAUGGCUGGCUUCAGCCUCUGAUGACCGCAGUGUAAGGGUUUGGGGUGUUGGUGCGUUAGGGGGCCCUGGGGGGAAAUGUGGGGACUUGAAUCCGGCUUGUUUAAGGGUCCUAUAUGGACACCAGGCUCGGGUAUUCUCGGUGCGUCUCUCCCCAGGGAAAGUGUUCAGCGCUGGUGAAGACGGGGCCUGUCUAGUCUGGGACUGGGCAGGAGGGGGCAAGGUGGUUCGGACGUUGAAGGGACACCGAGCAGGGGGGGUUCGUGCACUCGCAGUCAGCGAGGGAACGGGAGAUGAAGAGAGAUGGGUGGCUACAGGGGGGGCAGAUGGAGGGGUGAGGUUGUGGAGGGUGGAAGGGAGUGAUGAAGGGAAGGAGGGAAUGGAGGAAGCGGUGACAGAGCAGCUAACUGACCUGAAAUUUCCAGGUCAAGGUUUGCCUAAAGUGGUUUGUAGAACAGGGGAAAAUGCAAGUUGGAGUCAGAGUAAGUUUGUGGUUUGCACUGACCAAGGAAUAGUUUACCAGUGCAGCGAUGGGCAGUGGGAGAUGGUAUGGCAAGGGACUCCUGAGUUUCAAUCUUAUUGUGUGAUGGAAACAGCAGCUGUUGGAGUGAAAGACUCAACUGCAAAAGUUAAUCUGUGUGCUGUGGGAAACCUCAGCGGGUCCAUACAGGUCUUCCCCAUCUCUCAUCCUCAGUGUGGGAUUCUUCUCACAGCUGGAUCAGGGAAGAUCCAUAGUCUUAUUUGGCAAGAGGCAAAAGAAAGCAUGUGUUUGCUGGCAUCAGGCGCUGAGGGACUUGUCCGUCGAUGGUGUAUAGACGUAGAAUCAGAUGAAAACUCUUCCUUGUCUCUUAAUAUAAAUCCCCUUCCUCCUUUCCUCCUCCCCCCCUGUGCCAAACGCUGGUUGACAGCCGCAGUGCGUCUCCACUCCACGUCACGGGGGUUGCUGUGGGUCUGUGGGGACAGGAGAGGGUCCCUGCUUUUGUUUCAGGAAGGAAGAAAGCAGGAGCAAAAGACGGGAGAUGACAAAAGGAUGGACACUGAUAAUGAAGGGGUUGAGGGAAAUUGUAGCGGUGGAGACAGAAAAAGUGAAAUGAUGGAGGAGAGAGAAAGAAAAGAAGUGGGUGACCUAACGCUGCACCCGUUGAGCUGCCUGUUCGGGGUGCAUGGAAAACAGGGUGUAACUUCAGUGUAUGAAUACCAGGGGCUGCUUUACAGCACUGGCAGGGACGGCUGUGUGAGGGUCUUCAGAGUGAAUCCAACACCGCCAGAAAACCCUGAAGAAAAGAGUGUUGAGAAUCAGGGAGGGCUUCAGCUGGAGGUUCUCAGAGUCCAGCGAGCCUGCAAGGGAAUGGAGUGGCUGGAGAGGGUUUUGAUUCUUGAACCUGACAUUCCUACGGAAGAGGACGAGGAAGAGCUCGGAGAGGAAUGUGAGAACCACUACAAGACAAAGAAACAAGAUUUGACAGAAAAGCUGGAGGUUAAAGAGGAGGGGAGCUUUAGAGGAGAAGAAGAAGAAAAGACAGAGAGCAAGGGAAGAGAAGCCAGGUUCGCCAUCAUUGGCUUUCAUGCCGUCCACUUUGUGGUUUGGGACCCGGUGAGGCAGGAGAGGCUGCUAGCGGUGCCUUGUGGUGGGGGGCAUCGCUCUUGGAGUCUCUGGCCGUCAAACAAAGGGAUUUGGUCCGGAUAUGGAGCUCUGGUAUUCAUCAAGCAGGGGGCCGUCCUGACUUCGCAACCGCCUGGAGAGGCACCGAGCUGGGGUGGGAAGAGUGGAGGAUGGGGCCUGAGAGAGGGCGUCCAUGGGAGGGGGAUCGGGUGUGUGUGCAGGCUGGGGGCGAUAAGGGGGACUGGGAAUGAGAUUCAAACAAACAGUACUGGAGAUUUGAGUGAAACUGAGGGAAAGGAUGAACUCAAAGAUGAAGUAAAGGAGGUGGAGAGAGAGGGAGGGCAUUGGGAGAUAGUGGUGACGGGAGGAGAGGACACUAGCUUAACCGUCCUGGCGGUGCAUCCCGACUCUGGCAGCAUCAAAGUACUCUCAGUUAUUACCGACCACAUCUCGAGUGUUCGAACGGUGACAGCGGUAACGCGCUCAGAGGGAGGGAGUCAAAACCAGUCUCUCUCAGCCCUGCUUGUGUCCGCUGGCGGGCGAGCUCAGAUGCAGUGUUACCGGCUGUUGAUCAGCUGGGACCAGCAGAGACUGGUCCCCUCCUGCCAGGUGAUCCAGGUGGCCAGUCACCGAUUGGACGACCAGUGGGAGAGGAGGAGGAACCGACACAAGACGGUGAAAAUGGAUCCAGAAACGAGGUACAUGUCUGUAGUGGUGGUGGAUGAGAAGACAGACUGUGGUCUUCUGGCUCUGGCCUGCAGCGACGGAGCGCUCAGAUUGUUCUCAGUCAGUGAAGUUAAACAUCAGAUUGACUUGUUGUGGGAGUCGUUUUACCACCAGCGCUGUGUGCUCAGUGUUGCUGCCUGCAGUCUGGAGGAUGGAAAAGGCAACAGGUAUAAGCUGCUGUUCAGUGCUGCAACGGACGGAAAAAUUGCAGUGUGGGAUUUGACUGAUUCUUCUUCUUUAUCGACCGGCGCUCCAACUCCACCAAUCCCCUGCCUCGACAUUCAUGCCCACCAGAGCGGCGUCAACUCAUUGGCUGUUUGGGCGAAGGAACUGGGACAACAAGAGGGCGGUUGCCUGGUAACUGUUGCUAGCGGAGGGGAUGAUGGGCAGCUGACAGUGUCCACGAUUAGGGUGCAGUACCCAGAGGACGGACAGAUUGGGGGCAGCAGAGGGUUUUCUCACAUUUCUGAGCCCCUGAUUUCUCGACAAACUCAGCCCCAACCCACAAACCAGCUUCAUCUACAUCUCCACUCCCAGUGCCACAUCCCGCUGGCUCACGCUGCCCCUCUGACCGCCCUGAAGCUCCUGAGCCCUGGCCUCGUGGUCUCCACCUCUUCAGAUCAGAGGGUUUGCCUGUGGAGGGUCGGCAGUACCGGCAUCAGCCACAUCGGGGCGCUGUGCUCCCAUGUUGCUGAUGCUGCAGGACUGGCAGUGUGGGAGGGGAUGAUGAUAGAGGAGGAGGAGGGAGAUAAAAAGAGGAAAACAAGAUUUGAGUCUGAGAUUUUGAGAGGGAGUCAGACAGGAUUAAAAACGAGGUGUAAGACAGCAGCACAGUUCAACAAGGACAGGAAAACAGCUGAUGAGGCCGAGGAUGGAGAACCUGUUGAAGCCGCGAGUGAGACGGGUGACCCAGUUUGUCAAACCAGUGAUGAGACAGGAGGUGAGACAGCUGGUGAAUGUAGAAAUCAAACAGAGACUGACAGCAUGGGUGACACAGAGAGUGAGGUAAACACUGACACAGGUUUCAAGGCUUCCUGUGAGAGCAGGAAAAAGAGAGAAAAGACGGGAUGGGUGCUGGUCUGCGGCCAGGGCUUCCAGCUACUACGAGUCCCAAAUACACAGAUGUGGAGCGCAAGAAGGGAAAAGGUGGAUCACAGAGUUAAAGUGACUCUACGAGAAAAGUCAACAUAAGUGGAGUCAAAAGAUAGCAGCGGUCCAAACAAUCACUUUCUCAAUGGACACAUUUUUAAAAAUGAUUUAUGAACUACCUGUAAAAUUCCUUCCUUCCAAAUGAUUUUACUCUUUAAAUUACAUUUUUAAUAAAGUUAAUUUAUUCUCCA